GCCCCGGGGCUGGGACUGUGCACUUCCUGCUACCCAGCGCAACAUUUUUUACAUUAUCGCCAAUAAUCUCGGGCCUGCUUUAUCCGGACAUAAUGAGCGGCUGAUUCCUCUCCUUACAGCUAACAUCUCAACAGUAUCUCCGGACGGGUGUAUCCUCAAGAUUCCUCACUUCUUCAUAGUACUCAGUGACCAUGUCCAACGCCGGGUACAACUCCCAAAAUGGGGGAUCUGGGCCGCCGUACUCGAAUGGUCCUCUACAAAACCCAAUGAUGUAUUCAUCACAGCAACCACGGGUACAGGCUUCCGGUUCAGCACUUCAAGGCACAUACGCUCAACAAAUGACAGUGAAAGCUCCUCAGCAAGCAGGUCCUGGACUAUAUAACUAUGGUGUAUCUCAGCCUGCUCCACAACCAGGAAUUCAUCAGGGAUCUGUCCAGGUUUUCAAUACACCACCCAUAGGAACAUCGCCAGAACUAACUGCUGCAAGUGCAGCAUCUUCACCAAAAAUGCCCCCUCCCCCUCAGAACUUGGUUGGAUUACCAGCAUCAGUAGGAAGCAGCCAUCCUCAUGGAAGCCAGUCAAGCUGGCAGUAUUUUCCAACACCGUUAAGUCAAGGACAGGCUUACCCUAUUACCAAUCAUCUGUCGUCUACAGAAGGAGCGGUCCCUGCCCCACCACCAACACUAGGAAAUUCACUGCCAGCCACUACUCAGCAGUAUGGAGCUUCUUGUGCUCUUCCAUCUCCUCAAAACAGUUUUAUGGUUCCAGGUCCAGCUCCAUCACCAAUCGGCCAGUCUCAGCCACCACGGCAACCUUUGGGGCUUCCACUCACAUUAUCUUGCUCAACUAGACCCACAGCACCUCCAACAGGCCCACCAUUCAACACUGCACCUAUACCCCCUUUGGCCAGUGCUCCUCCUCGGCCAGUUGGUGUGUUUCAACUUCCAACCUGUGACAGCACUUCUGUUCAGAAUAGCCACGACACAAUAGAAGGAGGUGAAUUCAUGGGGAUGGUUCAACCUGUCCAGCCUACUCCACUACAGAAUCCUAAAAUAUCGAGGAAUGCAUACCCACCAUUACCAACUGUUUACCAGAAUGUUUUUCCAGCAAGUGGCCCAGGAUUAACUCCCACCAGCCAGCAGUAUCCUAACAGACAGCAACCUCUUUCACAGCCUAACGUUGGGGUGAACAAUUUGGUGUCGUCAGUAGGAGGAUUGAGUAUUCAUCAAGCACAGCAGCUGGAUGAACUUCGAACUGUGAAUCUUCUUCAAGAGAGGAACAUACUACCACCAACAUCCCUUAAGGCUCCGACACCUUGUCUGCAGGAAGAAAUUCAGCGGCUUAAUUGUAGCCCCGACCUGGUCCGCUGCACUUUAACCAACAUCCCUCAAACACAGGCUCUGCUGAAUAAAGCCAAACUUCCCCUUGGUCUCCUGCUACAUCCAUUCAAAGAUCUUUCGCAACUUCCUGUUGUAACAUCAAGUACAAUUGUUAGAUGUCGCUCUUGUCGGACCUACAUCAAUCCCUUUGUUAGCUUUCUGGACCAGAGGAGAUGGAAAUGCAACUUGUGCUACCGAGUAAAUGAUGUUCCUGAAGAAUUCAUGUACAACCCUGUAACAAGAGUGUAUGGUGAGCCCCACAAAAGGCCAGAAGUUCAGAAUGCCACUAUUGAAUUUAUGGCACCAUCGGAAUACAUGCUGCGCCCCCCUCAGCCUCCUGUGUAUCUAUUCAUGUUUGAUGUAUCCCAUAAUGCCAUAGAAACAGGCUAUCUGAAAACUGUUUGUCAAACCUUGCUUGACAAUCUGGAAUGGCCCCUUUUGAACCCUGUUAGUGAGUUCACCAUGACCACUUCCUCUGGCAGAGAGUUCCACAGUCUUCCACUAAUACAGCUUCCUGGCAAUACAAGGACGAAGAUAGGUUUUGUCACAUAUGACAGCACAAUACAUUUCUACAGCUUACAAGAAGGAUUGUCUCAGCCACAAAUGUUAGUGGUGUCAGAUAUAGAUGAUGUUUUUAUCCCAAUGCCUGAGAACCUGUUGGUAAAUUUAAAUGACUGCAAAGAGUUGGUCCAGGACUUGCUAAAGAACCUUCCACAAAUGUUCACAAAGUCAUCAGAGACGCAAAGUGCUCUUGGGCCAGCACUACAGGCUGCAUACAAGCUUAUAUCGCCCACUGGAGGACGAAUAUCUGUUUUCCAAACACAACUGCCAACAGUGGGUGCUGGAGCCUUGAAAACUCGGGAGGAGCCAAACCAUAAGUCCUCUGCAAAGGAAAUUCAUAAUUUGACACCAGCAACUGACUUUUACAAAAAGCUUGCUUUGGAUUGUUCAGGACAGCAAGUAGCCGUUGAUCUUUUCCUCCUAAGUGGCAGAUACUCAGAUUUGGCUUCUUUAGGUUGCAUUUCCAGAUAUUCAGCAGGUAGUAUUUACUAUUAUCAUGCUUACCAUCUUCAGCAUAAUCCAGUUCAAGUGGAGAAACUGCAGAAAGAGUUAAAGAGAUACCUUACCAGGAAGAUUGGGUUUGAGGCUGUUAUGAGGAUAAGGUGCACAAAAGGUCUUUCUAUCCAUACUUUUCAUGGAAACUUCUUUGUUCGUUCUACGGAUCUGCUUUCGCUUCCCAAUGUAAAUCCUGAUGCUGGGUAUGCAGUGCAGAUGUCUGUGGAGGAAAAUCUGACCGAUGCAACUGUGGUCUCCUUUCAAUCUGCUCUUUUAUACACUUCCAGCAAAGGAGAGCGAAGGAUACGUGUGCACACAUUGUGUCUUCCUGUUGUUUCAGCGUUAUCAGAUGUAUAUGCUGGGGCUGAUGUGCAAGCAGUAAUUGGACUGCUGGCAAGUAUGGCGGUUGACCGAUCCAUUUCAUCAAGUUUGAGUGAUGCUCGGGAUGCCCUAGUUAAUGCAGCAAUUGAUUCCCUAUCUGCUUACCGUACUUCGGUGCUAACUGUACAACAGCCUGGUCUUCUAGCACCGAAUUCAUUGCGUCUCUUUCCUAUGUUUGUACUGGCUCUUCUAAAGCAGAAAGCUUUCCAAAAAGGAACAAAUGCAAGUUUGGAUGAUAGAAUAUUCUCCAUGUGCCAGAUAAAGAAUCAGCCCCUGAUUUACCUGAUGCUUAUGAUACAUCCUAACCUAUACAGAGUAGACAAUCUAUCAGAUGAGGGAGCACUUAUCAUCAAUGACAAAGCAAUACCUCAACCACCUAUUUUUCAAUUGUCUGUAGAAAAGCUGAGCAGAGAUGGAGCCUUCCUAAUGGAUGCAGGCACGAUUAUGCUGCUGUGGUUAGGCCGUUAUUGUGGACAGAACUUCCUUACUCAAGUUCUUGGCGUUGCUAAUUACUCAGCAUUAUCUAAAGACAUGACCCAGGUACCUGAACUGGAUACAGCUGAAUCUACUAGAUUUAUAGCUUUUAUCACUUGGCUUCGGGAGCAAAGACCUUUCUUUUCAACAUUACAUGUAAUUCGGGAGGAGAGUCCUUUAAAGUCUACUUUCCUUCAGAACUUGAUUGAAGACAGAACAGAGUCAGCCUUAUCAUACUACGAGUUUCUCCUCCAUCUCCAGCAACAAGUGAAUAAGUAAAAAAAAAAUGUAUAAAAGUGUGCAUGAGAAUAAAUGUAUCCUAACAGUAUCACAUACAAUGGCCCCUGAGCUACAUCUGAAUUACUUAGGCCUAAUGAAAUAAAAUAUGCAUACACUGUGAUUUCAGCAAAAAUAAUCUACUGACCAUUCAUGGGUACAGAUAUGUGCAAGCACACAAGCUAUUUUCAAUAGUGAAAUCUAAGAAUUCAGACAUGCCUUUACACCUGUUGUAUACCAGAACUGCUAAAAAAAAAAUCUGUUCAUUGCAUUCAGAUGUGGUUGCAACCCUCAUGCAGAAGCCACUAUUGGCACCAAAAGGUUUCUGCAGUAUUCAGGAGGUGAAAAGACAUUUAAUAAAAUAAAGUCAGAUCCUACUACAGAAUGCUAUUUUUUUUUUUUUGCUUUAUUUUACUAUUUUGCUGCUAGAUUUUUAAACUAAACUAGCUGAAAUACAAGUUGCUGCUAUAAUAGAAAACUGCUUUGUACCCACAUGUGUAUGUGUAAAUGUUUUCAUAAAUUGGCAGAACUUUAUCUGUGUAGAAGAUUAUGUAUUAACAGCAGGCCAUAGUGUUUUUGUCGCAAUCAUUAUGGCUCAAAUACAUAGAGGGAUUAAAAUGAAGUUCUGCAGCAAGCCUUCAUGUAAAGUAUAUUAUCUAAAACACCCUAAAGGACAACUCUAUGCUGAAUAUUCAAAGCAACCUUAUUCAUAGCAUGAUGUUGCAUUUCUUCCAGCUCUCACACUGGCUUAAAAGGACAAAAAUUUCAGUAGAUUGUUCUAGGAAGGUCCUAGGUGGUAACAUUUAAUGUUUGCAGGGAAGAGGGUUAAAGGGUUACUCCACCCCUAGACAUCUUAUCCCCUAUCCAAGGAUAGGGGAUAAGAUGUCUGAUCGUGGGGGUCCUUCCACUUUGGACUCCUGUCCAGCUCCCUAGUCAUCUGCAGCACGGAGCUGAAGCUUGCUCCGUGCCUGAUGACUUACGAUACAGGGGCCGCUGUCACGCCCCCUCCCAUAGACUUUCAUUAAGGGGAGGGUGCAUGACAUCAUGAGGGGGUGGGACUGUGACGUCACGAACCGGUGGCCCUUGUAUUGUGCGUUAUCAGGCAUGGAGCAAGCUUCGGCUCUGUGCUACAGAUUAGGGGGCUGCAGAAGAGAUCGCUGGGGUCCCCAGCGGCAGGAUCCCUGCGAUCAGACAUCUUAUCCCCUAUUAAGGUUCUAUGGAAAUGCCAUGAGGAAGCCUUUGAACCAGGUUCGGCUUGUAGUUCUAACAAGAUUUGGUUUAUUUCCGUAUGCUGUAAAUAUUACAUGAAGUUAUUUGACAGAGAAGCCUAUGUUUUGCAGAGUAGGCAGUGAUUAAGAGAGGGUGCAUAUGAUUAUAAAUCAAUGGCCAAAAUUAGGGCUAACAAUUAACAAUAUAUAUGCAAGUGUAUGUCCAUUGCUAGUUUUGUUUCUUCUCUAGGACCAAAGUAAGUAAUUCUUGUGCACUCUGUGUAAUGGCAUUGGUAGUCAUAACACUAUGCAGAACAUGAAAACAUGUAUGUGUGUGAUGUGUUAAAGCAUAGAGUUUCUUAUUGAAAAUAAACUCAAGGUUAUCCUUGUAUUCAGUACAUUGGAGUGAACCGCUUAUGUGUGCUUUAACAUAUGGCAUUCAGCAACACAUUUGAAAUAUCAAGCCACAUAAACAUUUUUUAACCAUUGGCACUCACAGUAAAAAGUUCUAAACAUUAUUGAACUGGUGUUUCCUUUUUGUUUCCUUUUUGUUUCCUUUUUGUUUAGUUUUUUUGUUUGUUUUUAAUAAUAAUUACUUAGGCUUCUAUAAACAUACACAUAUUAAGGAAUACAAAGCCAUUUUUUGCCCUUACCUUACCAAUGCCCAUGUUGUUUAUUGGGUAUGGUAUUAAAUAUUGGUAAAAAAAAAAAAAAAAAAGCUGGAAAAUGAAUAAGAAACAAGAUACAGAAUUGCUACCACUUUGACAUUAGGGCAAAAUUGUCAGAACAGACUAAACUACUUUGUUCAGCAAGAGGUCUACCUACUGUCUUUUUAAUGAUUUGGAAAAAUGUUCUAUAUUAUUGGUUAAUUUAUUGUAAUGUGGACAAAGAUGUGUGAUACAAAGAUUUAGAUUUUCCUCGUUUUAAUAAAAUGCACAUUUUAUUCUGAAUUUCAUGUUAAUAAAGCUAUUAAAGAUCAAGUAA